ACUUAAAAUGCGGCUUGCAAUGUUUACCUAUUUUAUUCCUUAUUUAGGUCACCAAGGUUUGUUCACGUGUCUGAAACAGAAAAAUGCCCUAUAUUGUGGGAGAAAUUAAACGCUGUGGCGUUGCAAAGGUCAUAAAGGAAGAGGUUCCGGGGGACAAAAUGAGUGAAUUAAUUAGAAGCAUCCAAUCGGUAAAGGAAGCGAUGAACGAUUUGCUUAGCGCCAUCGUAGAACAGGAAGCUGGCUCGAGCGUUCCUAUCAAAGCGCAAAACGAAAAUGCUACUCCAGGAGAAGAAGAAAAUAGUGAUGAACCUGCAGAAAGCGAUAAUGAUAGUGACAAAAAGCGUCAAAAACUGUAAUGAUGAAAUUUAGGGAUUGGAUUUGUUCAACUUGAAUUUGUAAUUUUUAACGUUAAGAGUUAGUUUAGUUAUUACGAUUUUCAAAUGAUAGUCAUAGGUAAUAGAAUUUUCAUUUGACACAAUUGUGCAUAUGCGCAUGUCGAAAGAUGUGUACAAAUGCCCGUUGCUAGGAUACUAUUAUUUUAAAAUAAUUUGGUGCUUAUAAUACGCGGAAUACAGAUUUCAGAAUCAUUAUUGAAUAGACGGUAAUAAAAGUAAGAGAAUUACAAGGGACUAAGCAUCAUGUCUGACUUAUCGAUGCCUAAUUUUCAUUCAAUUGAAUCGUCAGAAAGUGAAGAUGUUAGUGAUACCACAACUAGGGGUAACCUCGACGGCUGAAUCCAACAGUCAGCUAGGCCCGAAAGCCAUGUUCAAUGAGAUGGAGAGCGGUAUGAUAAACAUUAUCAUUGAGGAAGCCACGUACAAGCUGAUCGUUAUCAAUCGCGAUGGCGACAAAACAAGUGCCCCGAUCGUUCGAAAACCACCCAUGCAUGUACGAUUCGAUCCGGCAUACAAAAACCAGCUGCUGAGCGAAAACAUGGUUGUAGAUUUGGCGAUGGGAAAAAUGAUCUUGGUAAAGCUACAAAAUGAUGUCUCAAACUUACGCAAGCUGCUUUCGGAUACGCAUACGGAGAUGGCGGAAUUCGGUACGUUCGAGACGCUGCAAACAUUUAUGGACAACGACAUACAAAGCGAACAGGAAGAGCUGAUCCUGAUACGGGACAGCAUUUUGAAUGAGAAGAAGCUGAAACUCUUACAAACGCAGCUUGAAGGCGUCAACCGGGAAUGCAAGAAUGUGCUGAAACAACUGGACGAUGAAAUAUUCGAUCUGGAAACAAAGCUGAAAGAUGCACGCAUUGAGAACGACAUCAAAACCAAGCUUGUUCAGCAGUGGGAGCGUACACGCCACGAGCAGGCCCGCAUUAUCAUUCAGGGCAAGGAAAACGAUCUCGUCCAAACAUCGACACAAACAAAGGCAAACAUCGAGCGUGAGCUGCGCCUGAAAAGUGAGAUUGAUGUUUACAUCAACUACUGUAUCGAUCAGAUUAGCGAAAAGAUCGCCUUUUGGACGGAUAAGUAUCAGCGUGAAAUUAAAGCACUGGAUGCACAGAUAGCCGAACACAAAGAUAAGAUCGUGAACCUGAAGGUGCAGUUCGAGGAGAUGACCAUACUGUUUAAGCAUCGUGAGAAGGAUUUAAAAAUUUGUGCCGAAUUUAUGAAGGAGCGUGAACAGCAGCUGGCGCUAGCCAACAAACAGAUGCGUUCGGCGAUCAAGAUCCAAUCCUGGUGGCGAGGCACCAUGGUUCGCAAGGGUUUGGGACAGUUCAAGCGCAAGAAAAAGCAAAAACCCCAGAAGGCACCGAAGAAAGGAAAAAAAGGAAAGUAAGAAAGGGAAAAAGGGAGUAAGAAUUUUUGUUUUAACCAGGAUGUGUUUGAAUUUAUAUAUGCAAAACUAGAUUCGCUACACGAAAAAAAAGACUGAAAGGACCUCACAAGGCUAACCUUACAAGCAUAGUAUAUGGCAUUCAUUUAAAUCUUCGAAGUUAUUCAAAGUAAAUCAUGAAAUACAUUAUGCUUUUAUGAAUUAAUAUGAAAAUGAAAUGAUAUGAAAAUAAAAAAAAAACAUUUUUAGAAUA